AUGACAUUCGGAGUAGUGAAACUCGUCGUUUUUGCUUUAGCCUUGAUAAUGACAGCGGCAACAAAUAUUUUACAGUACGAUUUACGUCCUUCAACGAAACUAUCUCUUGAUGAUAUCUAUGAGUAUGCUCAUUUGCUAGGUGCAUUGAGUGGAUUAGCGAAUCGUGAUGCGCCAAGACUUUUCACAAUCUAUGGUGAUUCCGAUAUCCGUUGGUUGUCAUAUAUGUCUUCGAUUGAUUGGCCUGAAGAUGCAAAUUAUACUGUAAUAUCAUCAAUAGUUGAUCUUGUUCGGUAUUUCUCAGAUGAUAUCAAAGGUGUAGUUCUCUAUGAUCCCAAUGUUCCUGCAACUUCGAAUUUAGCAUCGACUGCAUCGGGUGUUUAUAAUCUUCUUCCGAUUUGUUAUCGGCCGACGUCCGAUUCUUUAUAUACGCAACUCGUUCAAUCCGGUCCUCGAUUACCUGUACAAGUAAAUUUUGUCAAUAUGUUUAGUGGUAAUGUAACUGGCAGUGCGAAGACGGAUGCAUAUGUUUGGGCAGCUGAACAUUUUCUAGCUAGUCGUCUUGCCGACGGUACUCACCUUGGCUAUUAUAUCGAUAAAUGGUGGUCUCAAUCUUCCAAAGCACCUCAAGCAGUGUUUGAAAGUUUAGCAAUAAAUCACGACUGGAUUGUUAAAAAUCGUGGAUUUGUUUUUGACUUGUCGCCAUGGGAUGACGAAGCACCGAAUGAUGAUCCACAUCAGCCAGUUGGAAAUGAUUACAAAGCAUUGAUAGCUAUCUUACAGAAAGCAUAUCAACAACAUAAUGGGACGAAGUUUAGUACUGUUAGUGGAUUUGUACCAUGGCUCUUUAAAUACGUUGAUGAAAAACAUGGCGGCGUGCCAUCGGAAUGGCGUAUGGCACAUGUAAUGUCUGCAUUUAAUGUGAUUAUCGAUGCAGAUGCUUGUUGUCUCGAUAGUUUUGCCAAUGCUGCUUUCUAUAGUCAUUAUGCAUCGAAUCAAACUCAAAGACGCUUUGUUCAAAAUUCCUUCCCGUCUCGUGAAGAAUUGAUCGAACGAGGACUUUUGAAUGAGGAGAAUAUUGUCACGAAUAGAACGUAUAUUCUCUACUAUGGAGGUGAUUACGAUUCAGCGGCAUGGUUUGCUAAUGAAUUUAAAAAUCUUUGGGACGAUCCAAAACGAGGAAGUGUGCCCGUUGCAUGGGCAGUGAAUCCGAAUCUUUACGAUCGAUUCCCAUUGCUGCAUUCUUAUCUAUAUCGAACUCGUACGGCAAAUGAUUUCUUUGUUAGUGGAGAUUCCGGUUCAGGUUAUUUGAAUCCGACGCAAUUGUUUGAACCACGUAUGUUCUCUGGUUUACCUCGAGCUGAUGCUCUCUGGAUUGAUCGGAAUCGUUACUAUUUUAACAAGUUCAACAUUAAACAUACCGGUUUCGUUAUCAAUGGCGAUGCUGGCCCGUUAACCAAUCAGUCUGAUCUGAUGUAUACAAAAUUUAGUCCGCUUGGUUUUACACGUCAACAAGGUUAUACUACAUUGGGUGAAACAGCAUUGAUUCCAGGAACGAGAGUACCAAGCUUUACUGAAACAGAUCUUAUCGAUGGUUCCGAAGUGCAACAAAUUCUGUCAUGUUACAGAUCACAAACGGUAAGAUUCGUCGUUUUCCGAGGCGUUCUUCGAAGUGCAACAAAUUAUGCAAAUAUCACAGAAAAUGUAGAAAAGCUUCAACCAAAUAUCACGUUUGUUGAUCCCUAUACAUUCGCUCUAUUAGCGCGAAUCUAUCUAAGUAAAGAUCCGACGGUAAACAAUGAUCUUGUUUCAUAUGUAGAUGACAAUUUACCACGAGUCGUACGGAAUGGUGAUAUUAUAACUGCAAACUUUUCAAUAAGAAAUGAAGGCUGGAAUACAUUGAACAAUCUUCGUUUGAAAUUAAUAUUCGUCUGUAAUAUGACCUAUGUUUUCGAUUGGAAUACUGAAAUCAAACAUGGUGAUAUUCAAACCGCAUCUUAUCAAUUUCAAGUGGAAUGCGAACAACCGGGAGGAUAUCAAGUGAUCUAUCAACUGUUUCGAGAUGAGACAUCCUUUGAAGAGUAUGGAAAUGUACCAUGGAUAAGUUCGGCACAAUUAAUUUAA